ACGCGCAGUAGGGCCGGGUGCAGAUGGCGGACGCGGAGGCCGAGGCGGCGGCGCGGCCGGAGCUGCCGCGGGUGGUGUCGGCGCUCCGCGCUCGCCUCUGGCAGCUGCAGGCCGAGCUGCGCGAGCAGGAGGUGUCUGAGGCCUCUUCCCGAGCCUACUGCCGGGGAUUCUGCCAGACACUGCUCCAGUAUGCUGGCAGUCGGGGUGCAUCGGAACAUAUUUUGCCUUUUUUGGAAGUGUAUCGAAUCUCCAUCCAAAGCUUUGCUAAUGCAAGACCUUACUUGACUACAGAAUGUGAAGAUGUUCUUUUGGUACUUGGCAGGCUAGUGCUGAGUUGUUUUGAGCUACUGCUUUCAAUUCCUGAAAGUGAAUUGCCACAUGAGGUAUGGUUAGGAUUCCAUCAAUCCAUUCAGGAUUCACAUGAUGCUCUACUGGAAUUUGGGAAUAACAACCUCCAAAUAUUGGUGGAUAUCACAAGGGAAGGGGUAUGGAAAAAUCCAGUUCUUCUUAAAAUUCUAUCCCAGCAACCAGUAGAAACUGAGGAAGCUAAUAAAUUGAUUACACGAGAAGGGCCUUCCUUUCUGCAGAUGCGAAUAAAACACUUGAUGAAGUCAAACUGCAUCCCCCAAGCCACUUUCUUGUCAAAAUUGUGUGCAGAUUCUCCAGAAAUUGCAAAUGUUUCAUCUUUUCGCCAAGCCUACAUCACAUGUGUGUGUUCAAUGCUGCCUAAUGAAGACUCCAUUAAGGAGAUUGCAAAGGUGGAUUGCAAAGAGGUGCUAGACAUCAUAUGUAAUCUGGAAUCUGAGGGGCAAGAAAAUACAGCCUUUAUUCUUUGUACAACAUACCUUACCCAUCAGCUGCAAACAGCAAAUGUGUAUUGCUCUUGGGAACUGACACUUUUCUGGAGCAAACUGCAGAGAAGAAUAGAUCCUUCCUUGGACUCCUUUUUGGAGAGAUGUCGUCAGUUUGGCAUCAUUGCCAAGACACUACAGCAUCUAUUUUUCUUGAUAAGAGUCAUUCAAUCUGAAGCAGAGGAAGCAGGACUUGCUGUGUCUGUGUUGUUGUGUGUGAGAGCCCUUCAGAUCAGGUCCAACGGGAGCGAUGAAAUGAAGACAUCAGUGUGUAAAACAAUUGCAUGCCUUUUACCAGAAGACCUUGAAGUUAGAAGAGCCUGUCAACUCACAGAAUUCUUACUUGAGCCAACUUUGAAUGGAUUUAAUGCCUUGGAAGAGCUCUAUAUGCAGCCAGACCAAAAAUUUGAUGAAGAAAACGCACUGGUUCCAAAUUCACUCCGCUGUGAACUGCUGUUAGCUUUGAAAGCAUAUUGGCCAUUUGACCCAGAAUUUUGGGACUGGAAGACUUUAAAGCGGCAUUGUCAUAAACUGUUAGGGAAGGUAGCCUCUGAUUCCGAGGAUGAUGCAGGUUGUCAUUUGUCACUGAAUGAAACCGACAUGUUAGAAAAUUUCUUUAGUGACUAUGAUGAGGCAAAAGAGCACAAAUACUAUGACGAGAGAGACACAAUGACCCACUCUAAGGAAAAAUCAAGAAUAAAAAAACCAAUUGGUUCUUCAGAAAGAUACCAGAGAUGGCUUCAAUACAAGUUUUUUUGUGUGCUCUGCAAAAGGGAGUGUAUAGAGGCCAGAAUACUGCAUCAUUCUAAGAUGCACAUGGAAGAUGGUAUUUAUACGUGUCCCGUUUGCACAAAAAAGUUCAAGAGAAAGGAAUUUUUUGUACCACAUGUAAUGGAGCAUGUUAAAAUGCCACCUAGUAGAACACACAGACCUAAAAAGAAGAUCAUUCUGAAGAAAGAGAGAUCGCCACAAAAGGCAGGUUCCAGCAGCCCGCCCCCGGCGUUUCCAGAAGGGUCACACCAGGCACAGCUCCCCGAAAGCUUUGACGAUGACACGCAGGAAUACGUCACGUUCAGCCAACUGGAAAACUGCCAGCUGCAGGACAGAGACAUCUACCCCUGUCCUGGGACAGAUUGUUCUAGAGUAUUCAAACAGUUUAAGUACUUGAGCGUACAUCUGAAAGCCGAACAUCAAAACAACGACGAGAAUGCAAAGCACUACUUGGAUAUGAAGAACAGGAGGGAGAAGUGCGCGUUCUGCCGCCGGCACUUCAUGACAUCCUUCCACCUGCGGGAGCACGAGCGCGUGCACUGCGGGCCCCAGCCCUACAUGUGCGUGUCCAUGGACUGCUACGCCCGGUUCGGCUCCGUGAACGAGCUCCUCAACCACAAACAGACGCACGACGACCUUCGGUACAAGUGUGAGCUGAACGGCUGUAAUAUCGUUUUCAGUGACUUAGGGCAGCUUUACCAUCACGAGGCGCAGCACUUCAGAGAUGCGUCGUACACCUGCAACUACUUUGGCUGCAAAAAGUUUUAUUAUUCGAAAACGGAAUUUCAGAAUCACCUUGCGGCGCACGAUAUCCAAGUGUCGAAUGGGGAAGGGAAGCAAAGGCUGAACCUUGAAGGGUUGGUUUCAGAAGAAAAAUCCAGUUAUCUUCCAGAGUCUCAGCUGCUUGAACAAUCUGAAAGUUCCAGUCUGAAUGAUAACUUGGAUCCCUCGGGCUCUCAGGAAGUUCCACAGGUGAAAGAGGAAUCUCUCUCUGAAAGUGAAGAUCUCAACAGUGAAAGUCACUGCAGCCUGCAUUGUGGGAAGCACAGGGCAGAUGCUGCAGUAAGCCAAAGUCAGACAUCUCCACAGCUGCUGCGGACAGUGGCUCACAACCAGUCGGUUCCAGGUUUUGUCAUGUCCCAGGAAGGAGUUUACCAUCCAGCAAAUAUGAAACAACAGUGUUCCAAUGUGGCAGUUUGCUUUGGUGAAAAAAAUCUUUCCUGCGACUUUGAAGGCUGCUGUUCCACCCACAAAAAUUCCAGAAGUAUGCAAAAACACCUUCGAAGGGCCCAUCCAUACAACUUUAAAGGUAAAAGAAAUAUGGAAAUGAAAACAAAAUACUUUCUUGAUCUGUUGAAUGAGGCUCAGGACAGUAAAUCCCCUACAGAUAUGAGUCCAGAGUUAGGUCAUAAUUCCGAUACAAAUGCUGACUCUCCAGAGAGCGUUUAUUAUGCUGUAGAUGCUAAAGGAAGCAGUGACCUGAGGGAAGAAACUUAUCCUUCUUCCCCAGAAACAUCUUUUUAUGACAGUUCUAAAGAAGCGGAUAUUGAAGAUAACAUGUGGGAACUAAUGUUGGGCUUGAAACAUCUAAGCUUAAAAAAUGCUAACAUUCAGAAUUCUUCAAGACAGAAAUCUUUCCUGGGCUAUUCAUCUAGGGAUGCCAAGUGCUCUGAGUCAGCUGAUGAAACUACCUCAAAAUUUCACCUUCAAGAUCAAGAAGAUAACUUACCCAGCCAGUACCUUACUCAACUGGCAGCUAAACCAUUUUUCUGUGAAUGUCACGGAUGUACAUGUGAGUUUGUGACCAGAGAAGCUCUCUUAAUGCAUUAUGUUAAAAAGCAUAAUUAUUCAAAGGAAAUGGUUCUUCAGCUAAACAUGUUCCAGCAUCGGUAUUCACCAUUUAAGUGUCACAUUUGCCAAAGAUCGUUUACAAGAAAAACACAUCUUCGAAUUCACUAUAGAAACAAACAUCAGCUUGGCUGCGAGGGGGUGGCUCACAAGGUGUGUCCCGGUGAAAAGUUUGAUCACGUGGGUUUAUGUCCAGAGGACGUGCAUAAGAACAGCACUGCUGCAGUGCCCGCCUGUGCCGACAGCGUCGGCUUCCCUGCGCAUUCGGACUCUGAACAGCUGUGUCACUCAAAAAAGGGAGACUGCAGUUCUGAGACUGAUUUGGAGUCCAAUGAAGAGGCAGACAAUGACGUAACAAAAACAUCUAACAUUACUUCUCUGGACAGUCAUAGAGAAGAGCUGGAAGCAAGACAGGGAAGAGGAAGCAAAAGAACAGUUGCUAAAGGGAACUUAUGUUACAUAUUGCAUAAGUACCACAAACCAUUUCAUUGUAUACAUAAAAGCUGCAACUCAGCAUUCACGAACCAGAAAGGUUUGAUUCGCCAUUACAGAACUGUCCACCAGUAUAAUAAGGAACAGCUCUGCUUAGAAAAAGACAAAGCAAGAACAAAAAGGGAACUUGUCAAAUGUAAAAAAAUAUUUGCAUGCAAACACAAAGACUGUGGUAAGCGUUUUCUGUGUUCUAAAGCUCUUGCUAAGCAUUGUAGUGACUUCCACAAUGAAAUCUUAGAGGAUCAAAAACUGCUUUCUGAAGCUGAGUCUGCCAGGUUUGCUUGUAACCAAGCCCACUGCCAUGCUGUAUUUUAUACGUUUAAUAAGCUUAAACAGCACCUAAUAGAGGAACACGCCAAUGAAGAAAAAUUAAACAAAGAUUUUGAAAUCCAUUGUGACCUUAAUGGCUGCAAUCGAAUUUUCACAAAUUACAGUCACUAUUCUCAACACGUAUAUUUCAGACACAGUGAAUAUUAUGAUAGUCUCUUUGGAAAUCAGAAAGAGGAGGAAGAUAAUGAAGAUAAAAAUGAGCAAAAUUAUUUGAAAGACGGCUUUGACACAAGCAAGCAGAAUGGGAAGCAAUUAAAAGAAAAAGCUAAAAGAAUUAACAAAAGCAGAGAAAAGCAUUUGCUGAAUUUCAAAACGAAAGAGGAAGCCCUACAAAUGUGCAAAGAGAAGUCCAACCAGACACAGUACCCCUGCAUGGUCCAGGGCUGCCUGUCUGUUGUCAAACUGGAGAGCAGCAUAGUGAGGCACUAUAAGCGCACGCACCAGAUGACCAACAUGUACAUCGAGCAGCGCCUCCAGAAACUCGUUCUUUGUGUUAAGUGUGGCAUCAUGACCGAAAAGCGAUCGUCCUCUGACACAGCUUCGGACUCGGGUAAAAAAGAUGUAGAAGUUAACGAGGAUAAGUCAGCUAAUCCUGAGCCUGUGCAGGAAAGUGACAAACCCCUCGUUCCAAGCCCUGCCUGUGAUCCUCCCGAUGCGAGUAAUGAAGACCAAGACCAAUGUCCUCCGAGUGGUGUGAGUUGUGAUGCCAGUGCCUUCGUGUACUCAGGCACUUUACAGUAUAACCACAGUUCAAAGGACACCUGUUUAGAAGAGCCUAACACCAGGGAGUCAGCUGUGUGCAAAACUGAAGAUCCCUCUGAAAGCAGUGAAAGAGAGAAUAGCUCUUCUUUCUCCAGUUUACAACUGGAGUUGCCGAGAGAGAAAGACCCGGAAGGAUGUCAACAAAGUGCGGUUAAUCAGAAUGCAAAAAGAGGUGUACUUUGUGCUGCAAAAGACAAAUUUCAAAAGCCUCCUGUGUCCAAACCGUUUGAUUUAAAGACAUAUAAACCAAUGGGAUUUGAGUCUUCAUUUUUAAAAUUUAUUCAGGAAAGUGAGGGAAAAGAUGAUGAUGACGAUGAUGAUGACUGUGAUGAGGUGGUAGAAUGUGAAUCUCCUGAGCAGUUACCGGUAGAUGAAACAUUGCAAAAAGAGGGAGACAGUCAGGGGAAUACACCAGUAAACAACUUUGUAAGUGACGAAAAUGGAAUCAUUACCCCAAAUAAUCCCGGGCAGCUGACAGAGAUCCAGCCCUUGCUGUCAGAGUCCUCCUCUGCCCCUUCUUUAGAAAAUCUGAGGGCGAUCUUGGACAAGGCCCUAAUGGACUGUGGAGACCUUGCCUUAAAACAGCUGCAUUACUUACGACCCGUAGUUGUUCUCGAAAGAUCCAAGUUUUCCACACCUCUCAUAGAUUUAUUUCCAACAAAAAAGGCAGAUGAGCUGUGUGUAGGAAGUACAUAAGUAGCUUUGCUUAGAGCAGAUAGCCUCCACUACUGCUGUACGGGGAGAACUUCAAAUUAGAACAGUAAUUGUAACAGUACACACUUUUUAGGUUAGUUUUGACUGUUUGAUUCCAUGAAUGUAUAAUAUCUGUCAAAAGUAAUGGCCAAGUUAAUUUAGCUCCCCAUUUUUUUCAAUGAACAGUGCUGAUUUUGGUGCUAUUUAACACAUCAGAAUACCGGGGGCUUCCUCUUGAAGAGUAAAUGUGCAUGAUUGUAUAUGGAACGAGUACUGGGGUACCAGGGUUUGGGGGGCGAUGGAGUUAUUACUUGACUUGAAUGUGCACCCCAGGGUGCUUUGUGUAACAUAUUGUACACUACAGCAUCUUAUAUUUUUUGAGUUAUGAGUUUCAAUAAAUUACAGUUUUUCACCCAUUUGUUUACUGUACAGUAAAUCUUUAAUGUGCUUUACUUGUAAUUGAGUUUGGGACCAUUCUGAGUGCAUUGGACGGUGUUGCUUAAGUUUUAUGCAUUUGUAGAUAAUUUAUCAAACUGAUAAA